CGGUGACCCCGCGGGCGGGAUGUUCCGAGGGUUGAGCAGUUGGCUGGGCUUGAAUCAGCCCGACGGGGCGGCGGCGGCGGCGGCGGGAGGAGAGCCUGCCAGCGGGGACGAGCUGACCGCGGGAGCCGCGCCUCCUGACGAGAGCUCCGAGCAGCUGGUGGAGCCCACCGAGGAGGAGCAGCAGCCUAAGGAGGACCCGCAGUUCCUCCACCAGGCCAAAGGCCUUGGCAGUGAGUUCUCUCCGGGACCUGAGGGUGGGCUGGAAGGGGACAUGGGGAUGUUGAUGUAUGAGGAGUGGGGACGGUCCUCUCUGACACGGGAUGGUUGUCUAAGGAGCUGGAGGACACCAAAGUUCACCAAGCAGUCACUUCGUCUCUACGUGCCUAAGAACUUGUCGCUUUCCUGCAAAGUUUGUAAACUUGAGAAGCCAUCAAAAGCAGCUGUGCCUCCAUGGGUUGAGAGUCAUGAUGAAGAGACAAUUCAACAGCAGAUUUUGGCUUUAUCAGCUGACAAGAGGAAUUUCCUCCGUGACCCACCAGCGGGUGUGCAGUUUAAUUUUGACUUUGAUCAGAUGUACCCUGUUGCCCUGGUCAUGCUCCAAGAGGAUGAGCUACUAAGCAAGAUGAGAUUCGCCCUGGUUCCUAAACUUGUGAAGGAAGAAGUAUUCUGGAGGAACUACUUCUACCGAAUCUCCCUGAUUAAGCAGUCAGCCCAACUCACUGCACUGGCCGCCCAGCAGCAAGCCUCUGGAAAGGAGGAAAAAAGCAGCAACAGAAAUGAUGAUUUGCCCCUGACAGAGGCAGUACGGCCCAAAACACCACCUGUCGUAAUCAAAUCUCAGCUUAAAAAUCAAGAGGAUGAAGAGGAAAUAUCUACUAGCCCGGGAGUUUCUGAGUUUGUCAGUGAUGCCUUCGAUGCCUGCAACUUAAAUCAGGAGGAUUUAAGAAAGGAAAUGGAACAACUUGUACUUGAUAAGAAGCAAGAGGAAGCAAUUGCGUUAGAAGAAGAUUCUACUGACUGGGAAAAGGAGCUACAACAGGAACUCCAGGAAUAUGAAGUGGUAACAGAGUCUGAGAAGCGAGAUGAAAACUGGGAUAAAGAAAUUGAAAAGAUGCUUCAGGAGAAUUAAUUGUCUCCACAAAGCAGUUCUUAACAUUGUGCUGACAUUAAAUUCUGAUGAUCGCUGAGUCAGAAGGCACAAAAGUGUGUAACUUUAUGCAAUUUGAAAUUAUUCUUUUUCUAGCUAAAACUUGCCUCUUAAAUGAACAGCUAUUGUAGUAAUCAGAAACAACAGGAUAUUAUAUGUAACAUUUCCUAUAAAUAAAAUUAGUAUUCUUAUAGGCAGCAGAGCUAUCCACAGAAACACAGGUAAAUACUAGAGUUUGUUUUCUACAAGGUUGGCAACAUAAUUUAUUCUUUAGUUAUGGUUUUCUAUAUAUGCCUUUCUGUUGAUACAUGGUUAAAGUACUUACUUAAUAACUUACUAUCAGAAUGACCAAAUUAUACCAAAGAACUCAAAA